GUUCGCGCAGUAACAAAUGAAGUGCGCGCUGCGACACCUCCCAGCUCUCCAGGCUCAGCCGCCAUUUCCUCGCCUGGCCUAACGGUCCGGCCAAUCCCAGCGCGCAUCGAGAAGGGCUAAGGCUCCGCCAAUCGGAGGCCGCCAAUUUCGACCCCUUGCCUCGGCCUGGCCCAAUCCAGGCUCCGGCCCCGUCGCCCCCGGCCCGCCCCCGCGGCGCCCUCUCUCCUCCCUCUUUGUGCGUCUCGCGCCGCCGCCGCCGCCCGCCGCGUGAGAGAACGGGCUCCGCGCGCUCCGCGGCAGCACAGUCAGGUCCCCUCCCCCCAGAAGAUUCGCGAAGGAGAAACCGCCGCCGAAAAGGAGCCGACGGCGCCGGUCCCUGGGGGGCGCCAUGGCGACCGGAGCGAACGCCACGCCGCUGGGUAAGCUGGGCCUCCCUGGCCCCAAAGGGGGCUUCGAGCCGGGGCCACCGCCUGCCCCCGGGCCUGGGACGGGGCUGCUGGUGUCCGGGCCGCCGCCGCCCCCGCCCGUGGGCUCGGUGGGGGCCCUGACCGCGGCCUUCCCCUUCGCGGCGCUGCCGCCGCCGCCCCCGCCGCCCCCGCCGCCGCCCCCCCCACCUCCCCAGCAGCCGCCGCCGCCCUCCCCGGGCUCCUCGUACCCGCCGCCGCAGCCGCCCCCUCCGCCGCCGCUCUACCAGCGCGUGUCGCCACCGCAGCCGCCGCCGCCACCCCAGCCGCCGCGUCAGGACCAGCACCCGGGCCCGGCCGGUGGCGGAGGAGACUUUCCCAGUAAGAAGCGGAAGAGGAGCCGCUGGAACCAAGACACAAUGGAACAGAAGACGGUGAUUCCAGGAAUGCCAACGGUUAUCCCCCCUGGACUUACUCGGGAACAAGAAAGAGCUUAUAUAGUGCAACUGCAGAUAGAAGACCUGACUCGUAAACUGCGCACAGGAGACCUGGGCAUCCCCCCUAACCCUGAGGACAGGUCCCCUUCCCCUGAGCCCAUCUACAAUAGCGAGGGGAAGCGGCUUAACACUCGCGAGUUCCGCACCCGCAAAAAGCUUGAAGAGGAGCGGCAUAACCUCAUCACGGAAAUGGUUGCCCUCAACCCUGAUUUCAAGCCACCUGCAGAUUACAAACCUCCAGCAACACGUGUGAGCGAUAAAGUAAUGAUUCCACAAGAUGAGUAUCCAGAAAUCAACUUUGUGGGGCUGCUGAUUGGGCCCAGAGGGAACACCUUGAAGAACAUAGAGAAGGAGUGUAAUGCCAAGAUCAUGAUCCGGGGGAAAGGCUCUGUGAAAGAAGGGAAAGUCGGGCGCAAAGAUGGCCAGAUGUUGCCAGGAGAAGAUGAGCCGCUUCAUGCCCUGGUUACUGCCAAUACCAUGGAGAAUGUGAAGAAAGCAGUAGAACAGAUAAGAAACAUUCUGAAGCAGGGUAUCGAGACUCCUGAGGACCAGAACGAUCUACGGAAGAUGCAGCUUCGAGAGUUGGCUCGUUUGAAUGGGACCCUUCGGGAAGACGAUAACAGGAUCUUAAGACCCUGGCAGAGCUCGGAGACCCGCAGCAUUACCAAUACCACAGUGUGUACCAAGUGUGGAGGGGCUGGCCACAUUGCUUCCGAUUGCAAAUUCCAAAGGCCUGGUGACCCCCAGUCAGCUCAGGAUAAAGCGCGGAUGGAUAAAGAAUACUUGUCCCUCAUGGCUGAACUGGGGGAGGCACCUGUGCCCGCAUCUGUGGGCUCCACCUCUGGGCCUGCCACCACACCCCUGGCCAGUGCACCUCGGCCCGCUGCUCCCGCCAACAAUCCACCUCCGCCGUCUCUCAUGUCCACUACCCAGAGCCGCCCACCCUGGAUGAAUUCUGGCCCGUCAGAGAGUCGGCCCUACCAUGGCAUGCACGGAGGUGGCCCUGGUGGGCCCGGAGGUGGCCCGCACAGCUUCCCACACCCGUUACCCAGCCUGACGGGCGGGCAUGGUGGACAUCCCAUGCAGCACAACCCGAAUGGACCCCCUCCUCCUUGGAUGCAGCCGCCGCCACCACCGAUGAACCAGGGCCCCCACCCACCUGGGCACCAUGGCCCUCCUCCAAUGGAUCAGUACCUGGGAAGUACGCCUGUGGGCUCUGGGGUCUAUCGCCUGCAUCAAGGAAAAGGUAUGAUGCCGCCGCCACCUAUGGGCAUGAUGCCGCCGCCGCCGCCGCCUCCCAGUGGGCAGCCUCCACCUCCUCCCUCUGGUCCUCUUCCCCCAUGGCAGCAGCAGCAGCAGCAGCCUCCGCCACCCCCUCCGCCCAGCAGCAGUAUGGCUUCCAGUACCCCUUUGCCAUGGCAGCAAAAUACGACGACUACCACCACGAGCGCUGGCACAGGGUCCAUCCCGCCAUGGCAACAGCAGCAGGCGGCUGCCGCAGCUUCUCCAGGAGCCCCUCAGAUGCAAGGCAACCCCACUAUGGUGCCCCUGCCCCCAGGGGUCCAGCCGCCUCUGCCGCCCGGGGCCCCUCCCCCUCCGCCGCCUCCGCCGCCUGGUUCCGCCGGCAUGAUGAUCCCUCCCCGCGGCGGCGAUGGCCCGAGCCAUGAGAGUGAGGACUUUCCGCGCCCAUUGGUGACCCUUCCAGGCAGACAGCCUCAGCAGCGCCCCUGGUGGACAGGAUGGUUCGGCAAAGCAGCCUGAGUUAUUUUUAUGGACGGAAUCGGAACACGCUGGCUCCAUAUUGUGAAAUUUUUUAUUAAUUUUUUCUUUUUCCUUUGUUAUUUCCUUAUCUUUUCCUUUCUUCAGACUCCGUCCAAGGAGAUGCUCUCCCCGGUCUUCUGCUGCAAUUAGAUUCCUUUCCCUUUUUCAUUCCUCGUUCUUCUCUUUCUAAGGAGAGAGGAACAAACGGUUUUUAGGCAAAGGCUUUUGGCCAUCAGUGUCAGGCUAGUGUGGGGUUCCUUUGGUUCUAAGAUUUUCAAGGUGCCAUAGUCGCCCUGAGAUUUUUUUCUUUCCUAAUUUUAAGCGUGGGGUUUUGUCUCUGCCACCUUUGUAGACUAGCGGGUUGACCCCCAGGUCCAGGGUCCAUAUCCGUCCUGGCAUCCCUGCCAGCAGUCGGGGCCGCCUACGCCGCCGUGGGCUUGUCUGCCAGCCAGGAGCGCCCUUUCCACGCCCCUGAGCACCUGAGCUGCCUCAGAUUCCAUUUGUUCCUCUCUUUCCUGGAAGGCUUCCUUUUCAAAUUUAUUUUAGUCCCAAAUGUCAGUGUUUUGCAGUGUCUAGGGGUUUGAGCCCUUUGUUUUCCAUUCUGCUUCCUUUUUUUCCUCCUUCCUCUUCAUGGAGUGAUUAUGUUGACAAUGUAUAAUGCGCGUUCUCUUCACUGGUUUAUCUGCAGAAAUUUCUCUGGACUUUUUUUUUUUUUUUUUUUUUUUUUUUUUUUUUUUUUGGUGUAUGAUUCAACACUGCGUUAAAAGGGGGAUGUUCCAUUGAAUAAAAGAGCAGUGUGGUU